AUGGCGGUCACCAUCGUUCUCACCCUCAUACCCCUCUACCUGCUCUCCUACCACUAUCGAAUGCACCACCCCUAUGGUGGCGGUGGCAGCAACACCAACACAAACAAUGAUAAACUCCUCUCCCCCCGCGAAACCUUCAUCCAAACCUGGCUCUCCACCCACCUCAUCACCCCCUUCGACGAAGCUCCCCUCUCCGCCUACUGCAACCUCACAACGUGGCGGCCCAAUCUCGUCUUCCACCUCGCCGACGCCAACGGCGGCAUCGGCAACCUUCGAGGCAAUUUCCUCGACUUCAUCUUCACCGCCAUCGAACACGGAGCCUCGAUUCUCCUCCCCACAGCCGCGAAGCGCGACAGCGGAGAUUUGUCGAAUGUCUGGGGUGGUGGUGGGCAUGAAUUGGGGUUUAAUGAGAUGUUUGAUGAAGAGUGGUUUGUGGGAGUUUUGGGCAGAGUAUGUCCUCAUAUGCGCGUGUAUAAAUUUGAGGAGGGAAUGGAAAUGGUGAAGCCUGUGGAGGGAUUGUGGAGGAGUCGGAGUCGGAGAAUGGAUGAGGAUGAGGGAAAUACAAGAGCUGCGGGGUUGGAGAGUUUGGAGGAGUGGUUGAAUGGGAAUGAGGAUUUUCGGAAGAGGUAUGGAGGUGGGAGGGGGAAAAAUGGUGGUAAUGAAGAUGAUGAAGAAGCAGAGCCCAUUCUAAUAAAUGUAGAACGAACACUCUGGGACAUCGACACAAGAAGUCUCCCCAUGAGAGGCAGCCUCCGAAGAAAUUUCGGCCAAAUCCUCCAAAUCUCUCCCAUCUAUCGCAACCUCGCAGCACUCAUCACAUGGAAUCUCAUCCAACGCUUCAACUUGACCUUCCCCGCCAACAAUAACCCCCACGAACCCCUUUUUUCCCCCAACGCAAACGCACCGCCUUCAACUUCUACGGCGCACACCUCCGCAUCGCCUCCGACGCCCAACACGCCGGCUGGCUCACCGAGAACUUGA